CAUUUUGACAUUGACAGUUCUGUCAAUCGAAACGGUCUCUCUGUUAUCAUUAUUUUGUGGUGUGUCGUACUAUUUACAAUGUAUCCUCAGCAUUCGUGAAUGAAAUUAACAAAAUUCGUGCAAUGAGUGGAACAGCAGCCGAAUUGUAUUGGUUUCCCAAAUAUCAAGAUCGAUUCAUAACAUGGGGCUCAGAAAUCAAUUUGUAUCAAACCAAAGAGGAAGUGGCCGGUCAACGUUUACAAACAAACAUUCAAAUCGUCAUUUCGAGUAAGAAAACAGCGACUCUGUUAGCGACAGAGACUCGCUACCAAUACAUCCGAUGCGUAGCCCCUUCGUAUCGGGCCAAUGAAUUAUGUCUUGGUGUUGGAUUGGCCAAUGGAAAAGUUGGAUUGUGCAAUUUUGUGCCUUCAACAGAGAAUAACAUAGAAUUCACGCCUAAACAGUCACGGCCUUGCGUUGCAUUAUCAUGGCACGAAAACGAGAAAAAUCUUUUGGCCAUUGGACACGAUCGCAACCGGAACGAUCACUGCAUAACUAUUUGGGAUACCGAACGUGGUGUACCGACCGAAAAGUCAAUUUUACAUUUGUCAGGGCUAAGCGAAACUGCACAUUCCCUAUGCUGGGACAAACAGAAUAAGAUUUUGGUUGCCGGAAUGAGUCACAAAUACCUGAAGUUGAUGGACUUGAGACAAAACACUCCGUUCGUCAUAACCAACACUCGAGCCGUGCAUGGUGUUUCAUUGGCUUCGAAUGGCACAUACUUGGCCAGCUACAUUGACAAUAUCGUCACCCUAUGGGACAUCCGAAACAUCGACAAAUCGAUCUCGGUCUACCAAACGGAAAAGAAUAUCAACUCGCUGAGCUGGUGUGCCACAAGAUCGAGCACACUAUCAAUCAUUCAACGAGACUCGCCCUACGUUCAUCUGUACGACCUCCACUCGCCCGUCGAAUCCAAUGUUGAACCGAGAAUUAUCAAACGCAUCGUCGCUCCAUUUACAUACAAAGCACCAGUCAAUUCGCGCAACAUAACGCUGAGUAAUAUAUCGUGGCAUCCAACCGAUGUGGAACGUCUGUUGGUGUUAUCCGGAUCGGGAACGAUCAGUGACUUUAGUGUACCGCAACGUGUAGCCAUGUCAUGGGAUCCGAAUAACAAUCUGUGUGGGUCGCUUGGUGUGAAUCUUUACCGUUUGAAUUCCACCAUGUCACCACCAAAUUCGCCCACAACGGCAACGACGACACAAUGGGACAAGAGUGCUAAGCAUGACGAAAAGAACAAUCAAUGCCAGGACGACAUUGCGCAAAUAAUGCAUCGCAGAGCGUUAAAUGACUACGGCAAAUUGCCGGACAUUGCGAAGAACGGUGAUCUAGCUCCGCACUUAACCUCUGUGUGGAAUUUGUUAGCGAACAUGCAAAAGGAAAGCUAUGCACUAGGAUUGAAAACCAUUCUGGGAGUGAGUAACGAAUGCGGUGCUCCGUUACAAUAUCGAAGCGAACAAGUGCAAAUUAAUUGGGUCGAUUUUCCGGCUGGUCCAUCGGUUGAAGUGUUCAAGAACGAACAACGAGACUUUGCCCAACGACUUUGCGGCUGGACGUUCGACAAAGCGAGUGUGGACAGCUUUCGCAGUUUCAUCGACGAAUUGUGCGUAAAGAAAGAAUACACUCGGGCUGCUUUGAUAGCUUGCUUCCAUCUGAAGAUCGGUUACGCCAUUGAGAUCCUGGGACUUGGAGCUGAACGUUGCCAAGACUCGAAUCUCCGAAUGGUAGCACUCGCUCUAUCGGGAUUUAGUUUCGAAAAAUCGUUGUGGAGAUCACAAUGCAUGACGGCCUUAUCGCAGAUAGUGGAUCCACAUCUUCGAGCCCUGUUCGCAUUUCUAACGCCCGACAAUGAUAGUUACGACAUUGUGCUGAAAGAGUCCGGCAUUUCACUGUCCGAUCGCAUGGCAUUCGCAUGCCAUUAUUUGUGUGAUACUAAACUGGCCGACUACAUAAAAGCCAUGAUCCAAACGUGUACGGACAGUGGUGAUUUGAAUGGGCUACAAUUGACCGGUACAUCGGAGGCCGGUAUCAACUUAAUGCAAAGCUAUCUCGAUUGGACGGAUGAUGUACAAACGGUCGCCUUGAUAUCCAUCAAAUUUUUGUCAAAGGACUUGAUCGGUCAUACACAAGUGGAACAUUGGAUUUCGAGCUAUCGCGAAUUGUUGGACAUUUGGGGCUUAUGGGUUCAACGAGCGAAUUUCGAUAUUUCAAUGGGUCAAAUACAGCCACAGCCGAGAUAUGCGAGGUCGGUGUUUUUGCUGUGCAGUUUCUGUGGCAAAAGUGUUUCAGCCUGUCUUCAAGAAGAAGCUCGACUUCGAGCAACUAGUUCAUCAACAAAUGCUUAUAAGCUCUCGUCAUGUCCCAGUUGUCGGAAACCGUUACCCCGUUGCUCUUUAUGCCUGAUGCAUAUGGGAACAACGCUGGGUCUGUCGCUACAGAAUCCCACCGGUCACGCAAAUUAUGGAUGGCAAUCGAAACCUUUUUCCAAAUGGUUUUCAUGGUGUCAGAGUUGUCGGCAUGGCGGUCACACCGAACAUUUAACGCAAUGGUUCAGCCAGCAUUUAGAGUGUCCCGUUGCAUCGUGUACAUGUCGUUGUUUCACUUUGGAUUUUUCCAGUCCGGAAGCGAAUAAAGAAACAAUUUUCUAGCGGUUUGC